AUGGAUAGUUUAGUAAUAAUUCUUAUUAUGUCAGCUUUCGUAUUAAAAACAUUUGGUGAUUACCUAACAAACGUUGAAGAAGAUCUAGCUGAUAUCGAUGACGAAAAUGAUGACUAUGAUGAAGGACUCGAAGUCAAGGAUGGGCAACCUAAUACAACUGAAAAACUGGAGAAAGCACUAAAAUUGUUUGAGGAAACCAUGGAUGUUUUUAAAAAGAAGUAUGAAAUCAAGGAAGAUAAUCUAACGUUUUAUAAGGCUUAA